UGCUCGCUAAAACUCCAAAACGACCCUUAGAGAGUUUGAUUUUCCCGCCUUUUCGUACGAACGGAAGGGUUUGUGCGGAAGGGACCCGGCGCGGGGCGGGAGCGGCGCAGGCGCGGGAGCGGAGACAGAGCAGCUCAGCCUCCAGGAUGGCUCUGCCAGAGACCAGCAAGUACUCGCAGGGCUCAGUCUUCAACGGUGUGAAUCCUGACCUCGCCAGCGAGAGGCAAACAGCCUCCUUCAGUGUGGAAAAGCUUACAGCCUGGCUGGAUGGUGGUGCGGAGCACACUCGGAUACGUAGAGCAGUGGUGGAAGCUAUCGAAAGCGACCCUGUAUUUAGCAGAGAAAAUCAGUAUUUCCAGAGCCAGAAUGAGAGGUACGAAGCAGCGGUCAGAAAAGCUGUUCACCUCCAAAUAAAGAUGCGUGAGAUGGGAUGGACUGAGAACGGACCUGAAUCUAAGUACAUUUACAGGGCACUGUCAGGAGAUUUUGCAUUUCUCCUUCACCGCGUCUUCAUGAGAAGCAUUGUGGUGCUGGGCUCUGACAAACAGAUUGCCAAAUGGAUUCCUCUGGCCACCCAGUAUCGGGUCAUUGGAAGCUAUGCUCAGACUGAAUUAGGGCACGGAACUUAUCUUCAGGGUUUGGAAACAACAGCAGUCUUUGAUAUCACUACCCAGGAGUUUAUACUGAACACACCAACGAUCUCUGCCAUGAAGUGGUGGCCUGGAGAUAUGGGAAGGUCAGCAACACACACGGUGGUCUUUGCUCAGCUGUACAUCCAUGGGAAGUGUUACGGUGUGCAUCCCUUCAUCGUGCAGAUACGCAGCCUUCAGGACCAUUCACUCUGCCCAGGCAUAACUGCAGGAGACAUCGGUCCCAAAAUGAGUUUUGAGCAUACUGACAAUGGCUACCUCAUGCUGCAGAAGGUUCAUGUCCCCAGGGAGAACAUGCUCAACAAGUUUUGUGAGGUUCAACCGGAUGGCACCUAUGUGACACGGGGGACAGAGAAGAUUAACUAUUUUCCAAUGACUACAGUGCGCAUUUCCAUCAUUUCUGAUGAAGUUAUAAUACCUCUAAUGAAAGCUUGCACCAUUGCCAUCCGAUACUCUGUGGUUCGACGGCAGUCCAAAUUAAACCCUGGGGAACAGGAAGCAAAAAUCCUUGACUACCAGACUCAGCAAGAAAAACUGCUGCCCCAGUUGGCAGCAGCCUAUGCCUUUCAUUUCAUCAACAACUACCUGCAGGAGCAAUUAGACAGGGGGUACAAAGAGGUCCAGAGGAAGAACUUUGACACAUUGCCAGAGCUCCAUGCGUGUUCUUCAGGCUUUAAAGCGAUGGUUACCCAGUACUGCACUUCAGCAGUAGAGGUCUGCCUUCGGGCAUGUGGGGGACAUGGUUACUCCUUGCUGAGUGGACUCCCUUCGUUGUAUACUAAAAUACUUGCCUCCUGUAUUUAUGAAGGGGAAAACACCAUUUUGUUACUACAGACUGCCAGGUUCCUGAUUAAGUGCUUCAUGGCAGCUAGUGCUGGCCAGCCCAUCCCCCCAUCUGUCACAUAUCUGGCUGCAGUGAAACCCGGGAAGUGUCCAGCCAAGAGCAAGUUGGAUUUUCUGAAUCCAGAUAUUUACAUAGAGGCCUAUCAACACACGGCUGUCAGACUCAUAAGCAGCACGGCAGCUAAACUACAGGACAUAAUACAGUCAGGAGUCAAAAAGUAUGAUGCGUGGAACCAGUGCACAGUGCAGCUGGUGCAGGCUGCAAAGGCUCACUGCCACUACAUCUCAGUGGAAAACUUUGCAGAAACUGUGGAAAAGCUUGAGACCAAGCCUGCCAUCCAGAAGAUUAUGAAACAUCUUUGUGACCUCUUUGCAUUACAUGGGAUCUUCUCAAACGCAGGACUCUUCUUGCAUGAUGGAUACCUAUCUGGAGCUCAGAUGGACAUGGUCACAGCUUCAUACCUGGACCUCCUAGCUGUCAUUCGGAAGGAUGCUGUUCCACUAGUGGAUGCUUUUGACUUCACAGAUAAAAGCUUGAAUUCUGCGCUUGGCAGUUACGAUGGACAGGCUUAUCAACGGCUUUACGAGUGGGCUCAGAAGUCACCAACGAACAAGCAGAUAAGCCCAGCCUAUGAGAAGUAUUUGAAGCCACUUCUUCAUAACACACUGUCAAAAUUAUGAAGACCGUGAUUUAAGCAAAACCCACACAUCUCUUCCUUGUGCAGCAGGACAUUUAUCAAGCAUUGGUAAUGACUAAUCAGAAUUAAUAAUCAGUGGGUUACUCAUAGUUGCAACAAGUAUGAAACAAGAUUCUUAGCCAGCCAUUUACAUUUAAUCGGACAGAAGCCAAGCAAUACUGAGUGGUACCCACUGUGAUGAGGCCAAGAAAUAGCCUCAGGUUUGCUGUUUUCUACCCUGAAAUGUCCUGAUAACAUCAGAACUAUGCCAUUUGUCUCUCUUACUCUUUCUAAAUUCACUAUGUGACAAUAAAGGGGGAAAAAACACAUUGUGAACUCUGCCUUAGUGUGCUAUUACUGUAAAUGGCCACCCAAAAAACCACAAACAAACAAAACCAAACCCAAACCGACUUUACAGAAAAAAACAGGGAAGGUAAAAUUAUUGUCCUUGGCUUCUAGGAACAACUUGCUCUCUUAGAUAAAGAAGUAUAUUAGAAAAGACAUCUGUUUGGACAAUUAAAAUAGCUCUUACGCUUGCUCAGCAGUGGAGUAUUCCUGCCUAAUGGAGAUUCAGACAAAGCUGACGCCAACUCCAGUCUGCAAAAUGUACUUCCCCAUUAAUAAAGUCGCUCAUACUAUCUUUAUGUAAAUCCUAGGCUCCAAUAAAGUGUA